GUAGACUACGACUCCCACUGUCCUUAGCGCCGGGGUUGGGUUUGCGGGGGAAAGGAACCGGAAACGGGACGGGGAGCUGGACCAGGCUAGGAUGAGAAAAUAGGUUUAUCAAGCUGUUGUGUCAACCUUGAGUUCUCAUCUUGGAGAAGAGGUCACAGAUGACCCAGGCAGAAAGUUGAGAGGAAGGAAUGACAAUGGUUCUUGUCGCAUGGGAGACGCAGAUAUGAUGGCCACAGAUCCAGAGCCUGGAAAACAAGCAGAGUGCAGAGUGGGCAGCUGAGCCUUGAGUGAACUCAGGAUAUAGAAGUGGAGAGGGAUCCAUCAGGAGUGCCUCCUUGGUAAAAGGUGACAGCGGCAUGGCCAUAUGCCCCAGGCUUUCCUGCUGGGGUCCAUCCAUGAGCCUGCAGGUGCCCUGAUGGAGCCCCAGCCCUACCCUGGAAGCUUGGCUGAGAGCUUCCUGGAGGAGGAGCUUCGGCUCAGUGCUGAGCUGAGCCAGCUGCAGUUUUCGGAGUCUGUGGGCGUCAUCUACAAUCCCUUGGAGUAUGCAUGGGAGCCACAUCGCAACUACGUGACUCGCUACUGCCAGGGCCCCAAGGAAGUGCUCUUCCUGGGCAUGAACCCUGGACCUUUUGGCAUGGCCCAGACUGGGGUGCCCUUUGGGGAAGUAAGCAUGGUCCGGGACUGGUUGGGCAUUGGGGGUCCUGUGCUGACCCCUUCCCAAGAGCAUCCUAAACGACCAGUGCUGGGACUGGAGUGUCCACAGUCAGAAAAGCCCCUGAUAACAAACUAUGCCUCAGGCAAGGGAGAGGAAGGGGAAAACAAGGAGGUCAUUUUUCAUGGCUGGUCUGGAACUCCUGGGCUGAAGCUAUCCUCUUGCCUUGGCCUCCCAGAAUGCUGGAAUUACAGGCAUGGGCCACUACACCUGGCGAUCUGUGUCUUAUAUGCUGCCAUCUUUGACCUGUGGCUCUUGGGGUGUGGGAGUCCCUGCCCAUUCAGCUGGGAGAUGUGCUGUGCUGAAGGACCCCAGGCACAGUGAGUUUCCUGAGCUUCAAAGAACAGGGCUUCUUGAAGGAGGCCUCAAAGGCUGAGAAGAGCUUCUGUGGGACUCCAGGAAGCUGUGAAGGUUCUUGAUCAGGGCAGCAAUGAUACAAUAGUGUAAAAAAUUUCCUCCCUGCCCCUCACUCAAUGGCCUGCCCACCUAGGAAACCCUGCAACAGGCGGCCAGACUGGCCCAGUCUGCAAAAUCUUUCAGUGACAACCCCCUCACACAGACACACACACACACACACGCAUGCAGUGUCCCUUCUAACCUGGCUAUCCCAGCCUCUUCUCUGAAGCUUCACUGCUAGAACUUGAUGUUGGAUCUGGCUUCCUCCUCAGAAGACAAUUUAUGGCAACAUGUCGAAGACUCUGUUUUAAUGAAGUUGCAAAAGUAGGUUAAUGGGCUGUGGGUAUUUUUCAUUCCCCUCCUCCUGCCCCAUCUCCACCCCUGGGUGGAUGAAUGAUGCCUCUCCCAGCAAGAUGCAAAGUCAGGCUGAGGAUCUCGGGCCUGGACUCAAGCUGGCAUCCCUUCCUUGGCCCCCUGCUCAGCUCCUCAGCACCACUCCUCUCUGCCACUGGGAAGGUGCUCAGAAUGUCUAGCCCCAAUCCCCCCUGCUGUAGCUGUGGUCCAGAAGGUGCUCCAGGUUCUGCCCAGAGGGGAGGAGCAUGGCAUAUUUGAGUGGUGGGUCUGGGGCAAGGACUGAGGCAGGGGUGGGACUCUGAGGAAUAAGUAAAAUGCUGGAGAAUGGAUUUCUUUUAGACUGGAGAGGCAGGGAGGUAGAAGCUCAGCUAGCAUGAGAACUCAGCUACCCAGAGAACUCUGAAGCUGGUGCUAGUCUUCUGGAGGAGGACUGAGUUUCUGGGAGCCUCUCCAGUUGCUGUCCCUGCCUGUGUAAUUCAUCUCUGUGUUUCCUGGUACCAUGCCGAUGUAGAGCUGCUCUUGCGACUGUUUGCUAAGUAAAUGAUGGAUACAAGAGUGAAUGACUCUUCUUUCCCUACGCCAAGUCUCUGGGGCUAAACUACCCUCAUCCUUGCUCACCUCUACACCUUCCCUCAGCUGUUACUACUUGGAACCCUCUCCCUUCUCAGACUGUGCCCAAUCCUGGCUCUACACUUCUGUCUCUUGGAGAGUUUUUCAUGAUUAAACUGCAAGAAGAGUUCUCUAUUCACUCGGGUCCAAGAUUAGGGUCUGUCAUCCCUGUAAGUUCAGGGUCCCUAGGGUCUAUGUCAUUUUCCUCCAGAUUCUGCCCUGCCUCAGCAACACCCAGGGCAGGGCUCCAAGACCGAGGUGGGUGGCUCCAAGACUGAGCUUGGACCUCCAACACUUGGAGCAGUGGCUCCAAGACUGAGGCUCAGUUAUUGCUGGGGACAUACACCCAGGAGGACCAUACUGCUGCCCAGGACCAAGCCUGGUCCUUCCUCCCUGCAGAAAGCUGGGAGCAUGCACAGCAUCUGGCCUGCCGUCCCUCCCGGGGAGCAAGUAGCCUUCUUCAUUCCCAGCCCCUCACUGCCAACAAAGGAGGCUGUUGGCCAGGCUUCGGGACUUGAAUACCAAGAUGGGGUAGAGCAGAGCCUUGCUGCCCUACAACUUCAAAUUACCCCCUCCUCUAGGAAGCUGGUUCACCUCUGUCCUUCCCCCUCCAAACUCCCUAGCUUUCUUUUACAGCCUUAGCUCCCUCCCUUCCUCUGGGCCAGGUAGUAGCACAGGCCUGUGACCUUUUGGAGUCACCCUGUAAAAACCCCUGAGCAAACCUAGUGUGAAGCCCAGAAAACCCCACCGUAAUCUCCAGAGCAACUCCACAGUUGUACUCCAAACUCUACAACAGCAUCCACAAUCUACAGUAACACCCCAAAUCCCUAUAGUAACAUCCAGAACUACCCAGCCCAGGCAGUGCCAUAGAGCCACCCCAAACAUGGCACAGGAAGCUCAACACGGGCCCUUCAGGAACAGCUAAGCCUAAGCUGAUCUUCUAGCUGACCCGAACAGGGGGGUCUUCCUGUCCAAAGCCCCCAUUGGACCUUGCUCCCCACUAAGCUUUGCUGUGGUAGAGGGACGGGUGGGUGCCCAGGGCAUGGGCGUGAAGGUUUCCCCUCACCUGAGGUGCUGAGGGAAGAGGUCUUGGAGGACAAGCCAGAUUGCCCCUGGAGGGCCAGGGGAACCCAGAGGCCAUGGUAGUUUAAUACCUGAAAUGGGAAUCCAUGGGGCUUCUGUGGAAAUUUCUGUGGAUGAAGAGGAGACAGGACUCCCGGGUUCCCAUGGUCACACGCACAUGCUUUACAGAUCUGUUUUGGGUCUGAGUCUCAGGGGCAUGGGAGGUGGUGUGGAGACAAUGGGUAUGGUGGGGGUUAGUAAUUGUCAGUUCAGAGGGAGGAGACACAGGCCCAUUCCCCUAGUCCAUGAGAGAGAAGAGAGUCACACUGGGACCUGAUUUAGGAAUUGCUGGAGGGGCUUGUUGAGUGCAGGGAGAAACCAAGAAAAGGGGAGCCAAGGGUUUCAAAUCAAGAGGGCUUCAGGGAGGAGAAGAAUGGGCAGGAGGUUGGAAAAGAAGGGGCCGGGUGUCGUGGCUCAUGCCUGUAAUCCCAGCACUUUGGGAGGCUGAGGUGGGUGGAUACCCUGAGGUCGGGAGCUCGAGACCAGCCUGACCAACA